AACGGUGAAUAAACAGAUAGCGGGCUUGUUGAUACUGUGUGGCCUUAAGCCUCUGUAGCAUGGGCGGCCUGCGGAACAUCGUGGGCUCUGUCGCGAUGGUCGCAAUUAUGGGGGUCGGCUUGGGAAUGUGGAUGGCUCUGGCUCCUACUGAAGAGAAACGGCAACGGAUCAUUCAGCAUCUGCCUGAAUCGAACCCGGUGAGAAUGGAAGAGUCGAGGAAGAGGAGCGCGCUGUUGAUGCAGGCACUCAAGGACGCUGCUGAAACCGACGACAAUAUUGCAAGAGGAUUUGGUGGAAGUGCAAGAUAGACAGACCCAGCUCUGUGAGCUGUUUGCAGAGCUUGUGCUCAAAAAAGGUGGACAUUGUAUUACUUACAGGAAGGCUGUUUCAGCUGUAAUAUCAUUAUAUGUGCAAACAAAUUCUCCUAACACAACCACAUCUUUUCAGUCUUAUUAAAAGCUGAGGGGAUUACCAAAACUGGUUUUCAUCAGGUUCAACCAAUCAACACAUUGAUUCCAGUAACAAAUCUGUCAGUCCAAAGUCUAAUAUGUCCAUUGUUGAACUAUUCAAACACAUGAAGAUGGGUGACACUGGGGGCAGCUGUGGCUCAGGAGGUGGAGCAUCCCUGGAGAACAACAGUCAACUCCAAACUGCUCCUUGUGUGAUAUUUCUGUGUGAAUGGUUGAAUAAGAUGUCAAUUGUGUUAUAUGAAUGAAUAAAUCCAGGUACCACUUACCAUGUCAA